UUAGUUUAGAAUGGUCCAGGUCUCAAUCCGCAAGAUGGCGACGAUGUGGCGUAAUGCGUUGCGAGCUGGCAACUUUUUCACUCGUUUUUCCCAACUCAGCGGAUCAAAAGUAGCUCAAGCUGGCACAAGAUCAUGUAGCCAGUAUGUGAAAAUAGACGAUGAUCUUUACGGGCUCACAGAAGACCAGAAACAGCUGAGAGAGGCAGUGUUUAGGUUCUCCCAAGAAGAGCUGGCACCCUUGGCAGAUGAGAUUGACAAGAACAAUGACUUCCCAGGAAUCCGAGAGUUCUGGAAGAAGCUAGGAGAUAUGGGACUGUUGGGCAUGACUGUACCAACCGAAUAUGGAGGAACAGGUAUGGGUUACCUGGACCACUGCCUCGCUAUGGAGGAAAUAUCCCGUGCCAGUGGUGCCAUCGGCCUCAGCUACGGAGCACAUUCCAACCUGUGUGUCAACCAACUCGUCAGGAAUGGUAAUGAGGAACAGAAGGCCAAAUAUCUGCCUAAGUUGAUCAGUGGUGAACACUUUGGCGCACUGGCCAUGUCAGAGGCCAAUGCAGGGUCAGAUGUGGUUUCCAUGAGAACCAAAGCAGAGAAACAUGGUGACUACUAUGUUCUAAAUGGUACAAAGUUCUGGAUCACCAAUGGUCCUGACGCAGACACCCUGGUGGUGUAUGCUAAAACUGAGCCUCAUGCCGACAAGCCUCAACAUGGGGUCACUGCGUUCAUCAUAGAGAGGGGUAUGGAAGGGUUCAGUACAUCCCCAAAGCUGGAUAAGUUGGGGAUGAGAGGCUCCAACACCUGUGAGCUGGUGUUUGAAGACUGCAAGGUGCCAGCCUCCAAUAUUUUGGGAGGGCUUAACAGAGGGAUAUAUGUGCUGUUCUCUGGUUUGGACAUUGAGAGAGCACUUGGGGGUGCUGGCUGUUUAGGAGUGAUGCAGUCUGUGUUGGAUGUGACUGUACCAUACUUACACACCAGGGAGGCCUUUGGACAGAAGAUAGGAACCUUCCAGAUGAUGCAGGGAAAGAUGGCCGACAUGUACACCCAACUGAGUGUGUGUAGGUCGUAUGUGUACAACGUUGCCAGGGCAUUGGACAGGGGAUGUAUCAUUCCUAAGGACUGUGCUGGGGCUAUCCUGUUUGCUGCUGAGUGUGCCACUAAAGUGGCACUUGAUGGGAUCCAGUGUCUCGGUGGAAAUGGUUACGUCAACGACUACCCCACCGGUCGCUUCCUGAGAGACGCUAAGCUGUACGAGAUCGGUGCAGGCACGAGCGAGGUGCGAAGGCUCAUCAUUGGCCGCGCCUUUAAUGCGGAGUACGGCGUGUCAGACAGAGAACAGCAGAAGCCCAAGAAGGAGACACAGAAGGGUCAACACUCUGCUGCACAGUGAGAGAUGAUGGGAUGUCCAGCCUGCAGCAGGAAACAAGGGUGCUGUGCCACCAUGCCCUGACCAUGCUCCCCCUUACCAUUCAUCAAUGAUGCGACUUGGUCACAAUUUCGGGAGACUUUAGAAUAUGAUUUGCAUUAAAAAAUAUUAAAACUCCUCACUAUGAAAGUGUACCCCCCUCCAUAACUUGGUUGUUCCACUCCAUCGCAUUGCUCAAGGCAAGGCAAUUAACAAAACGCUCAACAAUCUUUAUUAUGUGAGUGAUCCGUGAUCAAUGGUCUUCCUGAGUUAUCUUGCAAUGAUAUGUAAAGGGAGCCAACAGUGGCCACGAUGGUUUUGAAAUCCACUCGAAAUGUAACAGCACAUGCAUGUUGUGAUCAUUGCUCACAAAUAUCAGUUUCUUCAGUAUCAGUGUGGGUUUAUUGUCCUUAAACUAGCACACAAGUAAGUAUUUAGGGCCAGAUACACUGUGUCUUUUUUAAAGGUUAGAAAGUUGUGCAGGUGGUAUAGCAAAGUAGUAUCUUCUCAUUAAACUCUCAGUUUUUAUUCAAUUAAAUUAGAAUGGAUUUUGGUUGCAGUUCUGUCAGAUAUAUCAUGAUUGUACAGAAAUAUAUUUUCUGCUGACAAAGUACUUCAAUGUAAAUAGAGGUAGAAACGUCCCAGUAUGCAGAUUAGUAUUACCUUGUGACAUAGUGGUAAUCAAUGCUAACUAACACUUGGAAAGUGAAGUGAAAAUUAAAGUCUUAACAGUUUAUUUUCUGUAGGUAAAGUUGGUCUUGUAAGAUGGUGAAGAAUAAGUUUACAUAUACAUUUAUAUUUACAUUUAGUCAAUUCCCUGUCAUUGAAGCACCUGUGAUACAUGUAUCUACUAAUGACUUCUUUGACACAGUCCUUUCUAUUUCCUUCAGUAUACUUAAUACUUUUUAUUGUUUGCAGCUUGUGAUGCUACCUAACUGUUUUAGAAGACUUGGAAAGGUACAUGUCACUUUGGCUGCUUGGUGCCCUUCGUUUGAAUUGAAACUUGAAAGUUCUUUUUCUGUUGAACGCACAUGACUGCCAUUUCAUGUAUAAUAUAUUUGAAUGAAAUACAUUGAAACUCAAACAUG